AUGGCACUUGAUGACAUUAUGUCAGUGGAAAGGAGCGUCAAGUAUAUGGAAUCAAGCAGUUCAUCAAGUGUAUCGUCGGAUCCUGAUGAUGUGUCAUCAUGUUCGAGCUCGUCAGUGAUUUCUUCGUCUUCGUCGAGUUUGGAAUCAGACUCAGACACGCCACGAGCUUCUGUGAAGAAGACAACGGGACAUAGAGGACGUACAGAUACGUCCAUGGAUGGAAAAAUGCUACAAGACAGUGGUAUUAGUGAUGACAGGAAGAAAAAGAAGACAACGACGAAGUCUACAGCGGUGAAAAGGUCUUUGAUCAAUGGGAAGAAGAUGAAAAAAAAUAUGUCGGUAGCAGCACCAUCGACCGUCCCUCCGCCUCCACCUCCACCAUUCCCGCCUCCUGCUAAGCACCUGUCAAGCAACAGUUCGUUCAGUGACAGUUCUAGCUCAGAUUCGUCGGAUGCAGAGACGGAUCCCUCGCCUCCACCUCCUCCUGUCGGUGCUGACAGUAUGGCUACUGCAGUCCCUGUGGCUGUCUAUACUACGAGACCGUCAAAACAGAAAGCUGCGACUACAAAGGAAAUUUGUAGUGUAAACCCAUCGUCAUUGAAGGUUACGCUGAAGCUCCCGCCGGGGUUCAAUGCGAAGAAUAGCGGUACAGUGUUGCCUAUUGAUGAUCGUUUGAAGGACAAGUUUCAGGUGACAAAUCCAUUGAAAAGGACGCGAACUUCGACUAGCACAAGUAGGAAAGCAAUUCCCGCUAUGAAUAUGAGAUCUACCAAGAUGAAGGAGCUUGUGAGUCAGGAACAACAUGUUGCUGAUCGACAGAAUGCAGUACUGGUAGACCAAAUGAAUAAACCGCCACGUGGGACUUUGCUCGCUUCGAGUAGCCGUCCAAUAUCGUCAAAUUUGAUUCCAACGGGUCUCACUGUACCUGCAGGCGAAGUUAGGGGUGCAAGAGAAUUGUCACUCGUGGAUCCUGGACACGUUGGAAAUAAUCCCGAAGAAACAAUUGAGUCGAACAUCCCGUCUCAUUUCAAUGACCCAUGCGCACAGGGAGGUGAUAUACUGCGGCUUUUGGACAUGUUUUUCUUUUGUGACGAGAAUGGAAAAGCAAUUAGUCUUGAGAUUCUAGACCGUCCAAAAGACGAGCGUCCGAAAAUAAUGGGGUUUGGUACAGUUGUACAGCACUUGCCAGUGGCGGAACGUCCCCUCCCGGUCAAGCCCAUUCUCGCAUCUCCGGCUUUUCCUUCACGCUCCAAGAAACGCUCUCGUGCAGACUCUCUUUCGUCUACUUCUGCAAAGCCUAUAGCAUCCAAGUCAAGAGCGAGGCCGAAAGUUGUCAGCAAACGGGCGAAAGUGAAUGACGAAGUGAUUGAUCAAGGGGACGGUGAAUUUGACAAGGACAAGAUCAAAUUGCCUUACGUGGGAAAACGUAGCAUUUUUUCUCGUUCUAUCAUGUAUAAUGUUUCCACUUCUUUCUGCGCUAGUCAGCUGUCUCAAAGGGACGAUCAGUCUGAUUUUGAUAGUGGAGGCAGUGACUUGACUUCUGACGACGAAAACGUUCGUUCAGGCCGGGCUGGAUCUGGUGCAGUUUCAGACAAUAAUAGUGAGCUUCUCUCGUCCGCCUCGAGUAGCUUAAGCGGAAGUGGCAGCGAUAUUGAAAUUGACUCUGGAAGCUCUUCUUUUUCAGGUGGAAGUGGUCCCAGAAGCGGAGCACGGGUAACAACUGUGAGCCGGCACUUGUCAAAGAUGAGCUCAAAAGACGUUACGGCUAAAGAUUUGGCUCAACACUUUUCGGGGUCCAAAAGAGCUGCAGUUGUUAAUUUGCAAAAGCGACCGAGCACUCGAGUGGAUUCGAGGAACACUGGUUUGCCAUCUGAUGUAGUCGAGCUUAUGCGAACGGACAAAGCUGUUGAAGUAAACGCGAAGGGUACUUCCGACAAGCUUAAUUUGUUGGAGUGUGGUUUCCGUCAUCCACCAGACUAUGCUCGUGCACGUGUUUGGCUUCCUGAAAUUACAGAUUGGUGCCUUGAUUACGCGGAGGGCGACCCAACGCUGUGGGUUGUCACUCCUCACGCCUGGUACAAGAUCGCAGGACCGCUAUCAGGAAUGCUGCCACAUUCGUCGUAUCGAGACGUCUUUAAGCACGUUCGUCACCUAUUUGAGGCGAGCUAUCUUGUGGCGUAUGUUCUCAAGGAGUGGUUGCCGAUCAACAAAAAGGUGUCUUAUCGGGCUACUCUACAACAGAUUAUUGAGCUAUCUUUACAAGGGAGAUAUCGUGUGUCUGCCUGGUUCCUUGUGAAGAAUUGCCCUUUCAUUCGAGCCCAGGUUUCUAACCUGUUUCCGGACAAAGAUACGUAUCUUGAGUCAAUGUUUUUCAAGCAGCUGCAUCGUUUACACGAGAAUUACACAUUGCGUGUAGCGAGACACCAAAAAGAAAUGGCCGAGCGGGAAGUUCGUCGCACGAAACGAGAGAAUGAGCGUCUUCAAAGGAAGCAACAGGUUGAGAAUGCGCGACAGCGCUUGAAAGACGAGCGUGAUGAAGAGCGAAAGCAGAAAGAGCAAGAGCACAAGUAUCCAGUGGAAGAUUUGCGACUUUUCGAAGGAGACUUGGUCAACACUAAUAGUCUGCCUUUGAGCUGCUCAAAUUUGAAGGGCGUUGAAGGACCAUUGCUGGGUGAAGUAAUUAUGGCGUGGCAAACCAUUUGCACAUUCAAAGACUUUGUGGGGCUUGAGUCGAUGUCGUUGGAGUCACUUGUGGAGUGUAUUACAGCUUGUUCCGACGAGGGGACGCACGUUGGUCUGGCCCGGAUCUUCAUAGUUUUCUUACAAGUCAUCUUAUCGGAAAAGUCUUUUAUGUCAAUACUGGAUGACCUUGUUGUUGAAGGUAACAUCAAGGUAUCGGAUUUAUUUGUGAAUAGCGUAAGGACAUACGGAACUUGUGAGCGUGCCUAUAGUGACAUGUUAAAUGCAGGUACAUGGCAAGAAAUCCUCCGCCAGUUGAUGUCUAAGGAUCUUGGAAUCGACCCAUCUAUUGGACACGUGGAGCCUUUAGUUGGUUGUGAGAUCGUUCGACAAACCCUCUACAUGCAAAACAAUUCUGCCCCUUUUAACUCUCCUGUUGACAUAACUGCAAAGGGUCUAGAAGAUUACUCGACAAUUAUCAAAAACCCGAUGGAUUUGGGAACAAUCAAAAAGAAGAUAGAUUUGGGAGGAUACGAGGGACCCGGUGGGUAUGAAAAGUUUGCCGAAGAUAUUCGAUUGGUAUGGGACAACGCUAUACAGUAUAAUGGUGAGGAGUCGGAGGUGGGUCGAGCUGCGUUAGCUUUGUCGGAUGUGUUUGAACAAGAUUACGAGAGGCUUGUUGUUGGGCGCGUUCGUGCAAAUGAAAGCCGGAUUGAAGAGUGUGAGAAGGUAAAAGAAACGCUUCGUGACCCGUUGGCAAAAGAUCUUAAGUCGUAUCGAUAUUCCGAUGUUGUUUAUGGUCUGUACUGCUUUGAGUUUCAUGAGCUUCCUAGAGCAUACAAAAUUGGUGCGCUCUCGUGGAUAUGCUUGGAGUUUCUGACGCUUUCUAGCAUUCGGACGUACAUGGCAUCUCAAGUGGAACAGGAAAUGUCUGUUUACCGGAAAUAUAGGAAUCGCGCAGCCGACUUGGAUUCUCGAAGGAAGCAUUCGGACAGAAUGCGACGCGAAAGGGAAAACGCUUUUAGACGCGAUUGUGCCAGCCAAGGUAUUCAUCCUAAUUCACACAACGUUUUCUCGGAGGGUAUUAAGCGCCGGCACGAGUUUAUAGGCAAGUUUUUUGAGGACAUUCAAGCUGAAAAAGUUGAGGACGAGAAGAAAUGGGAACAAGAAAAAAAGGUCCAGACGGAAGAAAUGGCGAAUGAGUUAAGCUUGCUUGUUAUUCGUGAGUCUCCUUUGGGAAGAGAUAGGUACCACAACUCUUACUUUAUGUUCAAGAAUGACACGAAGCCGCGGUUGUUUAUCGAGCGUAGUGAUUCGGGAGAUUUUGUUGUUUGCAGUAGUAAAGCUGAGCUUAUGGAAAUUUUGGAGUGGUUAAAUCCCAAGGGUGUUCGGGAGUUGGACUUGUUAACAAAGCUGCAGGGUGUAAGAGACAAACUGGUUCAUGCUUUUGAUGAGGAACAAGAUGGAGGCACUAAUAUGGAGAUCAUAUGGAACGCCAAGAGUAGCAUUGAGCUUGAGAUGUUUCCUCUCCGUGGCGGCGCUCCUAAGGGUGAAAUCAUGGUAAUUUCCGAUGCAGACAAGGUUAUUAAGUCGCACGAUAUUGCCCGGAAGAUGUUGCUAUGUCUUAAGGAUCACUUGGCAAAUACGAACACGCUGUCUGCUUUAUGGGAAGGAGCCCAAACAUGGGACAGUCGAGUGAAAUCGGUUAAGUCAUUCAAUGAGCAGCUUGAUUUGUUUGCUGAAUUGGAGAGUGCCGCGGUGGCAGCUUUGAAUACGGGUGUGGAGACAAUCCGACCUUCAUGGCAGCGAAAGCGACAUGAGUGGCGAUUAGCUUUGAAGGGUUCGUGUACUUACGCACAAUUGGUGUUUUUGCUUCACUUACUGCUGGAAGAGUUUAUCAACGUGGAGGCUUUCCUUGAUCUACAUAUUUGCUUGAAUCGAAAGGAAUGGCUCAAAUUGCGACCAAAUGACACUCGAAAUUUCAUCCCUGAGAUAGGGACAGUUGUUGUGUACUUUGGAGAUGGCCACGCUUUCGCGCUGAAAGAGGAUGAAAAGUCCAAGAGAAAGCGCUUUACACAGAAGAGUGAUAGUCCUCUUCGAAAUGUUACGGCAAUUUGUACGGUGGAGAAGGUAUCAUAUCACCACGGUGGAGGUGAUCCCUACGCAUUGGCUGUGUUACAACCAAUAUCAGAUAUAGCACAGCACGAAAGCAUUCGUAAGCCAGGCACUCAUUUAUGCCCCCUUCCAUCACAAGAGCAGAGACUAGCAAGAGUGUUCUUACGUGUUCUGGCAAAGUUGAAAACACUUGCCGAUGCUAGCCCGUUCAUGGAACCUGUAUCGGAUCGGGAGUUUCCGCAAUAUAAGGAGAUUAUCUUGCAUCCUAUGGAUCUCGGCACAAUGGUAGAAAAGGCCAGCUCGCUAAAGUACAACAACGCUACUGAAUUUAUGUCAGAUCUGAGGCUUAUGCGGGACAAUUGCCAGCUCUUUUGCGAAGGCCGCUUUCCAACACUUCCACCAUUGGCCCACAACUUGGUAAACGUUGCGGAUGGACAAAUCAAGAAGUGGAGCAAAGAAAUUCGUGCAUGCGAAGACUCACGUGGUGAACCAUCCACUAUGACGGAUGUUAGCACGUCUUCGUCGUCCCUUGAGAAUAAGAUCGCGAAUGAAGAAGAAAAUGUGGAAGCUGAGAAUGUGGAGUUGCCAACGGGUUCAAUCGUGACUAUUUUGCGGCUCGAAAAUCGGUUGCCAGAGUAUGUUGUGGAUGCAAGUCGAUAUUCGUGGGCUGUGAACCGUACGUGGCAAUGUGGAGAAAAAUUUCGUAUGAUGUUUCGCAACCCGCAAGGCCAACCAGGCGAGUAUUAUGGAGGCGUGACUGCAGGAUCUUUGCCAUUCAACAUGCAUGGUAUGCUACCAUGGGAAUCACUGCGCGUUACGUGGGACGAAGACGACGGAUCGGACGACAAUCGCAUUAACCCGUGGGAAGCAGAGUUCUCCUCGAGGUGA